AUGUCUUCCUUUCCAAAUCAUCGAAUUGUUUCAGAGAAUGAGGUGACAAGAAUAAUGGCAAAGUUCUCGACAAGAUGUGUGAUUGCUUGUCUAUUGACAAUUGGGAUGUGUGUAUUACAGUAUAAUUUAUUCUUUCGAAAUUUCAAAUUCAAGUUAUGGUUCAACAAGGAACUAAAAUCAUUCAAUCAGUUGGAGAAAAAAUUUCCAUCCGCACUAAUCGUUGGAGUUCGUAAAGGAGGAACUCGUGCUCUUCUUGAUGCUAUUGCUCUUCAUCCAAAAGUUAGAAUAGUUCGGAGAGAAACUCAUUUCUUUGAUGCAAACUACUCACUUGGAUAUGAUUGGUAUAGAGAUCAAAUGCCCGAGGUGGAAAGUGAUGAUGAAGUAGUCAUUGAAAAAACACCAGCGUAUUUCACGAAUGAGAAUGUGCCGAAACGUGUUUAUGAAAUGGAUCCAAAUAUGAAACUUAUUCUAAUCGUCCGUCAUCCGGUUUAUAGAACAGUCAGUGAUUUCACACAGGUGUACUACAACAAAUUAGAACAAAACAAGUCUCUUCCAGUCCUCUCCGUUGAAGCUUUUCGAACGGACGAAGCUGGAAUGGAGACGAUUAAUAUGGAGUACAAGCCAAUGACCAAUUCACUUUACGAUGUGCAUAUUUCAAAAUGGCUAAAAUAUUUCAAAAUUGAAAAUUUUCUAUUCGUUAAUGGAGAUGUUUUUAGAGCAAAUCCAUUGCAUGAAGAAGGAAACAUCGAUCAGUCAGCGAAGACGUUGUAUUAA